GGUGGUUUUGGUAGUGGCUGGGAGUACAUUUGAUUUGAGCCAUGGACGACAACGGCGACGUCCAUUUCUGCCACAGAGCCACCGCCGUCGUGGCGCUGCUUCUUCUCCACCUUGUCGUCGUCGCCAACGCCGCCGCCCACUCCUGCGAUUGGUGCACCCCGCGCCACUCCACCGUCUCCAUCCUCCCCACCCCCACGCACGCCGCCCAUCUCACCGGUGGCGCCUGCGGGUUCGGUGCCGCACCAAUGGAGCUCAACGUUGCCGCCGUCACCGCCGACCUCUUCCGCCAUGGCCAUGCCUGCGGCGCCUGCUACCAGUUAAGGUGCAGAGACCGGAGACUGUGCGGGGAGGACGGCGUCAAGGUCGUCGUCGCCGACAUGGCGAAGCAGCCGGAGCAGGAGGGGGAGAUGAACCGGACAGCCGGCGGCUCGCUGCAGUUUCGCAUCACCGAGGACGCCUUCGCGGCCAUGGCCAAGCAGGGCGUCUCCGCUCACGAGCUCACGAGGCAGCGCACGCUAGAGGUGGACUUCAGGAGGAUACCUUGCGAGUACAGGGAGAGCAGGAGGUUGGCGGUGAGGGUGGAGGAGGCGAGCAGGAACCCGACCCACCUCGCCAUCCGCUUCCUGUACCAGGGCGGCCAGACCGACAUCGCCGCCGUUGAGAUCGCGCAGGCGAACGCUACACCGCCGUCGUCGUCGUACUAUUCGUCGUGGAGGUACAUGACGCGGCGCGACGGCGCGCCGGGAGUCUGGACGACGUCGCGCGCGCCGGUCGGCCCGCUGCGGCUCCGCGUCGUGGUGACGGCCGGCUCCGGCGGGAAAUGGCUGCGUAGCGACGGUGAGGUGCUUCCCGCCGACUGGAGGCCCGGCGAGGUGUACGACACCGGCCUUCGGGUCACCGACGUCGCCGUGCGCUCGUGCAGCCUCUCCUGUGCCAUCCAGGACAUGGACAGCGAUGAUGGAGAGGAGGAAGAGCUCAGAUGACAAUUCGAUCGACGUGAUGAAGAAGAAGGCGUCCUUAUGCAGAGGCGUGGAGGAUGGGAUUAGUCGGCGGCGGCGGCGGCGAGAGGCUUGGUACGCCACUGCACCGGCGACGCGGAUGGGAGGCGGCAGAGAAGGAGGGAGUCAAUACGCUUUGGAAGUUACAAAGCCAGGGGCUUUUAUGUAAAAGUGAGAAACUGAUAACCUCUCAUCGCGGACCUGUGAAAAAAUGUAGCCACCCAUCGGUAGCGCAGCAAACUUGGACCUUCUUGGAAAGGCAAAUUUUGCCAUUCGACAUGGCCACUUCGUGAUAUUUUUUUUCUAUAGGAUAUAGUAGAAAUCGAUAUUUUGGUAACACACUGUUAAAAUGUGAAUUUUUAGUGCUAGACACUGUCCCUGCUAUUUUGA